CAGGAGGCCUGGAGGGUCCCCCAGAUCAGCAAGGUGCAAGUGUGAGAUAAAGUCAGCACACUUCCUUAAAGCUAACUACGCCAUGGGGCCAACUGCUGCAUUUACCCUAGCAGGAAAAGAGGUAAGAAUAUAUUCCCUUUUCAAAUACACAUUUUUCUCUCAUAGACAGAGAAAUAGUAGCCAUUUACCAUUAGAAAAAAAAUCCAAUUAUAUCUGUAGGAGAAUAGCCUUAUUAGGACCAACUAAUAUGCAUAGUGGGACGUGGGUGGCGCUGUGGUCUAAACCACAGAGCCUAGGGCUUGCCGAUCAGAAGGUUGACGGUUUGAAUCCCCCUGCCUUCUCUCUCUUUCACCUCCAGCUCUCUUGCUGGCAAAUGAGCAGUCAACAGUGUUGAUGGAAAGCAGCAGCAACAGCCAGGGGCAAUGACAGCCUGUUUGAGCCCACUGAAGUGAGAAGUGGACACACAAAUGUUUUGCCUGAGGGCCCACAGCAUCCAUAUUUUUGGACUUGCACAGAGGGCCAUUCACAAUAACAAGGUAUUAACACAGAUAUAUCAGCAUUGGUAAGCCAAAUUGUUCAUACAGUGUUAUUUUUUUAAAAAAAUAAAUUAAUCUUUGGUUGCAUCCAGUGUGCAAGUGAUAGCUCUCAGCCUCUGGAAUAACUGUAAAUCCAGCAAUUUCAUGGAGCAGUCUGUCCCUUAAGUUUGCUUGUUCCAGUAUGGCCAAUCAGGGGUAACUUACAAAGUGUCCUGGGAAGCUGAAAUGAGCACAAAUGGGACAUCAGUAAAUAUAUAUAAAGUUAAAACACAGGCCGAGUAUGGAGGUUAUAUGUGGCUUUCUGACUUCAGGCUUCUGGUGAGGGCUCAUAUAACUGAAUGCUCUCCUUUAAAGGAACAUUCCUAUGGCAAGAUCCCUUGGAGGAGCAGCUUAGGAUGCAUCAGAUCUCUGACUCAGUCAGCAUUAAGUUCCCAAACCCAGCUCAGCAGAAGGUUUGCCGGCAUAAGUUGCUCCUCCUUUUGCUCCUGUCAGCCACUUCUGGAGCCGGCUGUAUGUCCCCUACCCCUCUCCCCCAAAGAGCAUUUAAACCAGGCUCCUCGGAGUGCAGCAAGAACAGUGCCAGAAACGUUAUUGUUGGUUGACUCUUGUUUUGCUAUUCAUUUAUGUACCUAAUAAAUGAAUAGCAUUUGCUUCCAUCUUGUAAUGUUGAAUUUAUUCUGUGUUUGCCAAAUUGUCGAUUUUGUCAUUUUUGAAUUCACUGGCACAUUCUGUAUUUUAUAUGUUUGAAUUUCCAUGCUCUGUAUUUCAUUGUUUUGAAUGUUUGCUAUAAGGCACUUUGGGCACAGUUCAUGAAUGAAAAGCUGCACAUAAGUAAAUCAGUCAAUCAACCCUGGCUCAGCUGGGGCUCAGCCAGUGGAGCUAAAGCUGCUUCAGCUGAGGCCAGUUUAGAGAGCUUGCCAGGAGGAGGUGGGGCUAGACUGGAUGCUUAGCCAAUUCAACUCUGGAUAGAAUACUAUUUUAAAAGCUUGUUUUCCCUCUUCCUGGCUUAGGCAGGGAAGCAGCUGUGCUGCUAAAGGAGUUUGGAUCUGGUGUAACUUUACAUUCACAUAAAUUGCACCAGUUUGCUUUACGCCAGAUGCUUGAGGGAUUGCUCCCCAAAUCUGUGGCUGUCUUCACACUCCUGUUUACUGUGCUCUCCCUGCAUUUUCCAAUGUGGGCUUUUAAAUCACAAAGCUAUCCAAAAUGCAUAUGUAUCCAGCACUUUGUUAUAAAGUACUGCUGUUUGAUGUGUUUCUCAAAGCAGCUUGACAACAACUGGAGUCGUUAAGCCAUUCUUAUUUUGUCUCUAGACAAGUUAUCCCUGUUCCAUUAACAACCUCUAGUGUGUACUAAAACAAAUCUGACAUUAAUGAAGCUCUGCUGAUAUGAAGUUAUAGUAAUAAUAAUUUAUUAUUUAUACCCCACCCAUCUGGCUGGGUUUCCCCAGCCACUCUGGACAGCUCCCAACAGAAUAUUAAAAACACAAUAAAACAUCAAACAUUAAAAACUUCCCUAUGAUGUCUUCUAAAAGUCAGAUAGUUGUUUAUUUCCUUGACAUCCACUACCUAGAAGACCGUCUGCCUGGUUCCCUGUAACCUCACUUCUCACAGUGAGGGAACUGGCAGAAGGCCCUUGGCUCCUUCAGGUAUACUGGGCCAAGGUCAUUUAGGGCUUUCAAGGUCAGUGCCAACACUUUGAAUUGUGCUCAGAAACGUACUAGGAGCCAAUGCAGGUACUGGUAUUUCAGGACAGGUAUUAUAUGGUUUCGGUGGCCACUCUUGAUCACCAGUCUAACUGCCACAUUCUGGAUUAGUUGUAGUUUCCAGGUCACCUUCAAAGGUAGCCCCACGUAGAGCGCAUGGUAGUAGUCCAAGUUGAGAAGUUGAAGUUGAUAUGAGUUGAGAAAUGCACUAGAGGAGUGGGGGACAACACACUUUGCUGUGCUCUGAGGCAGCAAUAUGAACACACAGUAAUUCCCUCCACGUGGGAAACUAACAUUCCAGGGAGAUCCAGUGGUGCCUCGCAAGACGAAAUUAAUUCGUUCCGCGAGUUUUUUCGCCUAGCGAAUUUUUCGUCUUGCGAAGCAUGGUGUCGGAAAAGUUUUGGAAAAGCUUCAAAAAUCACCAAAAACCUCAAAAAAGGCUACCACACCGCGUUCUAUGAGUUGCUCCUCGAAGUCAAGUCGCAACUGUAUUAACGGUGUUAAGAAAAAGGAAACAAACUUGCAAGACGUUUUCGUCUUGCGAAGCAAGCCCAUAGGGAAAUUCGUCUUGCGAAGCAGCUCAAAAACUGCAAAACCCUUUCGUCUAGCGAGUUUUUCGUCUUGCGAGGCACUCGUCUUGCGGGGCACCACUGUGUUUGGGGACUACAAUUCUGACCACUGGUUCUGUUAGCUAGGGAUGAUGGGAGUUGUAGUCCUCAAAACAUCCGGAGGCUUGAGUUUGCCUAUGCCUGGCUUAGAGUAUCCACCAGCAGUGUGAUAUGAUCCAGCCCAGACUUGGCCUUAACAGGAUCUGGAAAGCCUUCCAGUUACUGAGCCUGAUGCCGAACCUCGGAAUAUCAACGUUUCGGCGGGGUCAGAUGGUGACAGGCCUUCCCUCCAAAGUCUGUGUGAAAGGGCUCCUGGAGGCGCUUUGGCAGCUGCUGCCUCUCUCUCGGUCCCCAGACGGUGCUCUCUCAGCCUCUCCCCGGGCCCCACCCGGUUUCUGCCUGAGAGAUUUCUGGAGAGGUUGUGGGGAGGCAUAGUCGAGCCCUGGUGCUGAAGGCAUGUGCGCGGCUUGCCCGUCAGGCGUCAGGGAUGCUGCGAGUGGUACCCGGCCUCGGAGUUGCGGGGUUGCUAGGAGACGGGAGGCAGAAGGGACAGCCUCGCGGGAAGAAGGGCGCUUCAGGUGCGCGCCGAGGCGGUGGCAGCGCGUCGCUGCUUCGCCCGCUGGAGGCGCCCGCGCCAUCCGAGGGAGCGGAGGGGGCAGCAGCGCCUAGUGGCCCGGGGAGAAGGAUUCGCCCGCCCGGCUCUGGGACGCUCUUGGGAGGAGGCUGAAGCCCAUGCGGAUUCCGGGGAGGCCCGGCUGGCGCGCACCUCGCCAGGAAGGUGCGCGCGAUGCUCUGGGCUCCUGCGCGCGCGGAAGGUGCGCGGCCAGCUGGGGGCCGCCUGGCGAGCAGCUGCGGAGCCUGCCUGGUCGCUGCUGCGGCAGCCGGAAUGCGCUCCGCUGAGCUCUGACUUGGGCGUCCGGGGAGGAGAGCCUCCUUGUCGGCCGUGAGUAUUUCGGACCUGCAGUGCCUGGAAACCGAGAAGCAGGACGAGGGGAGCGGCCGGGAGCGGAGGGGGGUGGGGAAAGGUGCUUGCACAGGAGGAAGAGGAGGAGGAGCAGGGAGGGAGCCGUCGCGCCUCUUCGGAGCGAGGUUUGUGCUGCAGAGGCAGCGGCAGGAGUGCGGCACCAGUCGUGUCCUUGAGAAGCACCCUCCAGCCCAGCCGCGGAGGUGGAAACAGAGACAAAGACAGACAGAUUGAGAAAGCGAGAGAGAGGGAGGCCGGGGGAUGCUUCGUCCCGCCGAGAGCGGAGGAGAGGGCGGCCGCGCGCUCGCAAAGGCUGGCGCCGUGUCCUUGGAAAACCUCUAGUAGGGGAAGGAGAGAGGGAGGGAGGGAGAAGCAGGGUUCUGGUCAGGGAACCGCCAAGGCAGAAACGGGAGGCAUGAGGAAACGCAUUUCUCAAGUCAAAGCAUCUCAAAAUGGAAGCAGGACGUUUCCUAGGGAAGCAGCAGCAGCAGCUCCUUUCUCCCGGGGAUCUGGCUGAGAAUCUUUGCCCUUGGACUGCUCGUCCUUGCGCCUGACUUCUGAGGCAGAUGGCUGCGAAAGACCCUUGGUAAAAUCUCCAGGAACCUCUUUCUGGAAGUCAAACGAAACCUCCCUGAUAAACUUUCCGCAACCCCUCAGUAAGGCUUCUCACCCGAGGGGUGCUUUUCGAUUAGUGGGGGAGCCCAGGAAACAGGGAGCUGAGCCCCGGUACCUGCCCAGGGCACCUUGGCGCCACUGGCCUGGGUGGGCAACGAGGCACGUGGGCACCUGCGGGCCCUGAGCCAUGCGCGCUCCCUCUCUCGCAGAUCCGAAUGUCGGAGCACAGCAACGACGAGGGGGAGGACGAUGCCGACCACCAGCACAGCGUUUCCAUGCUGUUCCUGCUGGUCCUGGUCUUCUUCGUCAUGGGACUCGUGGGAUUCCUUAUUUGCCACGUCCUGAAGAAGAAGGGCUACCGCUGCCGGACAUUCCGGGAUGAGCUCGACUCUGAUAACAAGGAGUCUCUGACCCAGCUGCAAGAUGGUGAGUAAAGGAGGAGGGGGCCCAGAAAGAAAGCAGCGAGCGGGGGUCUUCUUUCUUUCUCAGCACGAGGCUCCCCGCCACCCGCAAGCGCAAAGCGGUGUUCCUUCAAGACCAAGAGUUCGCCAGCCCUGGGCUAGCAAAUAAUGAGUUGGAGAAGGGGGCAUGGAGAACUCUACGUUUAAAAAAGCAUCACUAUUUUACCCCACCAGCCUAAAUUCUGCGGGUGCAAUUUGCUGGAAGGAUUAAAGUAAUCAUAUGUGGGCUGCUUUCAGAGCAGCCGCUUCAUCCGUCUUGACAGCUCCCAUCCUUUUAGGUUUUGAGACUUUGGCUUUGCUCUGCUCAGCUUCGCUUUCCCCUAUCAUGCAGCCCAGUCUUAUUCACGUUUUUCUUGCUGUGUUCGAUGGGAAUGACCCAGAUCUGAGCUGAAAUUUCCGGAUCUAAGCAAAAAAACGUUACUGGUCUCCCUUCCCUCUUCACCAACUUUGCAGCUCAUUUGCACGUUGCUUAAAGUCACCUCGCUAAAUUGGAGCUAAUAGCUCAUAUUUAAUAAUUUGCAAAACUGUAGCCUUGGAAUAAUGCCAGCAAAUACUAGAUUGAGGCAAGAGGUUGAAUCUCUUGGUUCAAAUCCCUGCUGAACCAUAGCCAAAGUCACCCCUCUGCUGUUGGAAUUUGUGCACAGAGGACAGCAGGAUAGCUCAGUUGGUAAGAGCAUGAGACUCUCAAUCUCAUGGUCUUUGGGUCGAGCCCCAUGUUGGGCAUAAAGAGUCCUGCACUUGAUGACCCUCGAGGUCCCUUCCGACUCUAUGAUUUUAUGAAGACCAAGGGUUUAAUAAGCCAGUGAGAGACCAUACUUCUUCAAGCACCUUGUCCUAGCCUCGUGCCAAAUCAACUGAAACACAUAGGAAAAUAGGACCAGAAUAUCAUGGUGGAUUGCAUGCUAGAAUUAGGGGCAUCUGAACUUAGGUGGGUGUGAGUGGUUUUCAUUAUUUUAUCCUACCUUUGUUCAAGGAGCUCAGAGUGAUCUUUCCCUGCAUCAGUCUAUUCCCCCAAGCAACCUUGUGAAGUAGGUGAGAGGCUAGAAGACUCGCCCCAAAUCAGCCAGUGCCCUUCAUGACUGAGUGAGGACUUGAACCCAGGUCGCUCCACCACAAUGGUUUUCUUGAACUGAGUGGCAAAUAAUAUUUAGGACUCUGAAUCAAGGUAGGAUGGAGGGCAACAACAGAAGAGAAAUACUGCCUUUUCUGGCAGCUACAGCUGAACUCUUUCCAUACAACUUCGACUAAAGUUGGAUGACGAAGGAGGAAGUGGAGGCUGCUCCAUUAGGGCAAAUGGGGGCACUGCGCCAUCGACCUCAGUCUGCCCUCAACCAGCCCCAACCUGCCUGCCCUUCUUGCAUCCUGUCCAGGAGGCAGGCACUGCCUAUUGGCUUCCUCCUUCCAUGGCUCAGGGCUGCCCUUGUAGGACUCAGUAGGGAAGAGGGUGGGACAAAAUUAGAGGGAGUUGGCUCUGCCUGUCAUUGGCCCUGGCUCUGCCUCCUGCUUGAGUCCCUGCCUUCCACCUGACCAAUCGGUGGGUACCAGCCACACCUGAAAGCAGGAUGUUCCAGUGGGCAUAGCUCAUUCCUGCGACAAGGGCUGGUUUUGAUACCUCAUUCUUUUUUCAGGCCAGGAAUGUCCUUGUAAUGGCAUGCCUGAGAAUUUGAUGUGUGCGCUUGGCUAUUAUGCUCCUCAGACUUGCUUGUGAUUGCGGCCUGAGCCUCAUUGUAUGUGAUGCAGCUGUGGGCAUUUUGGGGGCACAUCUCUGCUGUUUUCCAAAUGUGAAGAGGGAGGGAGGAUAGGUAAAGAUGAGCAGGGAGAGAAAAAGAAAAGCUGUAGUAGGUAGUUUUUAUUAGUUUUUCAUCAAGGUUGCAUUCUACUUUCACCUUAAAGAGCUCAGGUGGCACACAUGAAUUUAUCCUCACAACAAAGCUAUAAAGUGGGCUAGAAUAAGAAAUUGUGACUUGCCCUAGUUAACAUUAUGGUUGUGAGGAGAUUUGAACCCAAAUUUCCCUGCACUUCCUGUGCUGCAGAGCGGCAUCAAAAAGACUGUAGCUCCGUUGCUCUGAAGGGCAUUGUGGCAGCCUUAACCUUGCUACAGAGUUUUGUCUUUUGUAAAUGGCCGUUUUCCAUUUAUCAAGUAGAAACACACAAUUAUUGAGCUGUUUAUAAACAAUCUCUGUGGGCUUGGCUUAGCUGUUCUACAUCUACUGGAGAGAUGUCAGGUGGCCAGGAAUGCAAAGUUUCAAGAGUUUGUGCAUGGCUUCUGUCGAAUUUAGAUUGCAAAGGAGAAGCAGCAUUUAAGAGAGAUAUUUCUCUUUAUAAGUACAGUAAUUGUUUCUAACAAUUGCCACAUUGUGUAGAAGCAGUGGGUUGCCAAGAAAUACAGAUAUUCCUGAGGAAUAAACACAGGGACUGAAGUGUGUGGGGAAGUGACUGACUUCUUUGAAUGGCACCCCUGAGUUUGGGAGAUUCAAUUCAAAUUAUAGCAGGAUGAUUAUGGGCAGACUGUGCUGCUAUGUGAUCUGCUAGAGCAGGGCUGGGGAACCUUUUUUUCUGUUGAGGAUCACAUUCCCGCAGGGCUAAUCUGUCAGGAGCAGGGCCAGCAAGAUGAAGCAACUGCCUCAGGCGGCAGGAUCCACAGAGGCAGCAGAUUUGGCCUGCAUGGAAUGUAUCACCUGCCAUUGCACUGGUGGCAGAAACAGCUACAUCACAUCCCUUGGAGGCCGGAUCUGCGUCUCUUCAGCAGCCCCCCCCAUGUUGCCUCUACAGAGGCCUCUUGGCGAAUAGGAGGCCCUGCUGCUCUCCCCCUGCCCUUGUUCCAUGGCAGGGGCAUGCACACCAUUUUGUGGCUCACCCCAGGUGCCAAAAUGUCUUGGGCUGGCCCUGAUCAGAGGCCACAUGUGGCAAUGGCAGGGAGCGAUGGAGCCACAAAUGGUGUAGAGAAGCUCAUUUUCUCUGUCUCCUUGCCCCUGCAUGAAAUCAGGCCAAGGGCUGCUUGUGGCCACAGGUCGUCCCCUUCCCCGUAGCUUGUUGGGUGGGACAGGACUGCUAGGUUAGCUUCCUAAUUCACUGUUGCUUGCCAGGGCAGAGGGUGCAAGGCAGCAGGGGGAUUGGCACAGUGCAAAUGCACCAGCUGUGUGUCAGGUUGGUUCCGCUGAUGGUUUGCACUAUGCCAACCUCCAGCCCCCUUGCCUCUCCUUCUUGAUAGUACCUCACCUGCUGGGAAGCUGCAGUAACAGCUGGGGCCCCACCCAGCAAGCCAUUUCUGUUUGCACACCUCUGUUAGAGAGAACAGCUUCCCAGGUCACUUUUGCAGAACCAUGGGGCUAGCUGUUCCUUGAGCAUUUCAGGGUUUUUGAUGCUGUAUGGAGAUUUAUCCCGUCACAAAAGUUCCUAUGUUUCUUCUAUCACUGCCAUAUCUUUUCAUUUCAGAUGGAGAUGAGGAGCUGAAUGAGGACACUGUAGAGAAGAUAGUGAAGUGCAUCAUUCAGAAUGAAGGUAAGGCUUAACCUUGGUUUAACGGUUGGGAAGUCCCUGUACAUGAGGACCUUGCUGUGACACAUUUCUUCUUUCUCCCCUUCGUUAGCAAAUGUGGAAGUCCUGAAGGAAAUGCUGGGAGAUGGUGACGCUGAUCUCCCACUGCCAGUCCCUGUGCCCAGGUGAGGACAGGGUCCAGGGUCCAUAGUGCCUAUCGCAUUUUGGGAAUCUCUGCUAUGCCAUCCUUCCUUGAAGACUGGGCUAGAGGUCAGCUGUCAGUGAGGAAGAGAUGGAGAGAUUAAAGCCCUUGUCUCUGUGCUAGAAAAGGGCAAAGGGGAAGUCCAGUCUUGAAUCCCUGGAGUUCAUAUGGCUCCCUCAACAUUUCAUUUCAUUACAGUUCGGGUUGUUUUUGGUUCCUGAGGCAGAAAAACCAAAUGGGGUCUUCCCUCCCCAGUCCAUGCUGGGAUUGUAUUGUGGUGGAUGCAGGUAGUGCUGUGGUCUAAACUACCGAGGUUGGCAGUUCGAAUCUGCUCAACAGUGGUGAGCUCCCUUUGCUCUGUCCCAGCUUCUGCCAACCUAGCAGUUCAAAAGCACAUCAGUGCAAGUAGAUAAACAGGUAGCAUUGUGGCAAGAAAGUAAACAGCAUUUCCGUGUACUCUGGUUUCCAUGACGGUGUUCUGUUGUGCCACAAGCGGUUUAGUUCUGCUGGCCACAUGACCCAGAAAGCUGUCUGUGGACAAACGCUGGCUCCCUCAGCCUGAAAUGAGAUGAGCACUGCACCCAAUAGUCACCUUUGACUGAACUUAACCAUCCAGGGGUCCUUUACCUUUAUAUCUUUUGUACUGUGGUGGUGGGAGGUUGUGUUUUUGUAUCGUUCAGCUUUCUCAGGAGAACUUCCUGGUAGAUUGAACUCCGUGGGUCACAUUUGUCUGUGUGAAUCUCAGAACCUCUUGUGUUUGUCUCAUGGUAAUGUGCUGGUCACGCCUUGAGGGUUGCAUCCUUCUGUUUAGAUUGAGUGGGGCAAUUAUGUUCCGAGUUCAAUGACUAUUGUGGCAAUUAGCUUUCUGUUCUCUUUUCUCCAGCAGCCUCUGCCCACAUCGCAGCAGCCAAGAUGCAGGCCUGCCCCAUCACCACACGGUGCACUUGGGCUCAACGCAAGCCCCUUGCAUCCACUGCAGUAGGAAAAAGAGGCACCCACUGCAUCGACAGGGCCGCUCCAAGGAGGGCAAGGGCAAGAUGCACCCGGGGGAGACCACGGUCUUCUCUGUGGGCAGGUAUUUAUCAAGAGACAGGCCUUUCUUUAUUUCCACGCCAUCCUUCAUUUUACUUGAUUUCAGCAUAAAAACAUAAUGCAACAUCUUGGAAAAUCAAUGUAAAGGGAGUAGAAGAAAGGCACUUUGCAAUUCUUCGGUUGGGACAAGGCAUUCACCAUAGCAGGUGGCAGGGCAGGAGCGAGGUGCGCAAGGGUGCUUUCUCCAGUUGUUUUGUUUUUACAUUUUCCCUCUCCUAACAAACGGGGGUUUUUUAAUAUAAAAAAAGUUAGAAUAUUUGUAGACUGCACCCUCAAAUAAAAUAUUAAGUCACUGGUAGAAUAAAAGGUAUGAGUGCAAUAAAACAUACCAUAAAGUAAUAAUAAAAUGACUGGCUCAUCUUGGAACAAGUCAAACAACUACGUUGUUGUCUGCACCCAUCUCUCUCAGGAGACAAUGGAGGAGUGCGCCUUUGGGGGUGAGGGCAAACUGUUAGAAAGUUGCAGAGCCUGCUGUGGUUGUAGAGACCGACAUAGGAGAGACAUUUCCCCCCCCCCCCAUAACUGCUUUCCCCUGCGUUGUUUUUGCUGCGCUUGCAGCACCAAAGUGACCUCUCUGGGGCUCAAGCCUGUGCAAUGUGUCUGGUGGUCCUGGGCUGCCCAGACGACAAGAUCCCCCCCCCCCGGAGCCUUGCUGAUGUGGUCCAAAGGAAAACAUUUGGCACCAGCUUGUCUGCAAGAGUUGCCAGAAGGAGGCAUACAAGACGCCAUCCAACCUCCUUAGGGAAUCCACACCAGCUUUUGGUAGGGUUUAUAUAAACAAUAACUAUGCUGGGGUGGGCACUGAGACACUCUGACUCCCGAGCUAGCAUAGUUUGAUCUCCAUUUUGGGGGCAUGUCAGGACGUGGUCAGGUGUUGGAUACUUGAAGCUGAGCCUCCCUCUGGUCCAGCUCCUUUUUGGUCCUCCUAAUGUUGGUAGGGCCAGGACUACAGAGGUUUCCAGAAUGGUGAGAAGGUGGGAAUCCAGCACUGCAUCUCCCUCUCCAAGGUCAGAAUUCUUGGCCUUCCAGGGGCCACGGAAUGGCAGGGCCAGGCAUACAAAAAGCAGCAACAAAAGGGAAGAGCACACAUCAUUUCUCACAUGGUGAAAAGGAAACUUGCCGCACCAAAACCAAUCUGUUUUGAAUAAGAGGUGUUUAAUAAAGGCACAGUAGAGGACCCCUUGAAUGGGACACCCUCCAACGGCUCAUCCAGUGCCUCACAACACUGAGCCCACAUGAAGAGAUUUGCCCUUAUUCUUAGUGAGCGAAUGGUGCUUGCCUUGGCUCCAUAAGAGAGAGUGUAUUUAUAUUCUCAGCUAGUUGAUUAGGCAUACUUGUCAGAUGAAAAGUGAAAAUAAAUCAAAGGCAAAGAGUGAGGGGGUCAGAGCAUCAGCUUGAUGAAUAGUGUCUCAUGGGUUGACUUGGAAGUGUUGCAAUUUUAGCCUCUUUCCUGAGUCUUUGAGGAAAAGAUUUAAAUUAUGUGAGAAAGGACUCCCUAACUGGUUUCCACAGGACUCAUGCUCAGUCUUUUCUCCCCAUUCAAACGUUCGCUCCUUUUCCUUAGCAUGUUCUUCUAAUCUAGCAUCCGUGGGGAUAGUGAGAGGUGGACACCAAAAUACAGGAAUAAUAAACCUUUUUGAAAGUAUCCAGGGAAAAGGUAUUCUAUUUUGCAUCGGAGAGUAGCUAGUAGGAUAUGGUUAGUAUUUUAGCCACAAAAAAUAUAACCAAGUGCCUCAGAGUUUUGCUUUCUGUUCUGUCAGGAGACCUUGCAACCCAGAUAAUGAGGGAUCUUACAGGGUAUUUUGUCACUGUUGAUUCACCUUACUUCCUUUAUCCCCCCUGCCCCCCAGAUUUCAUGUCACCCAUAUUGGGAAGAAACAGGAGGAGUCUCUCCCUGGUAGCAAACAGGACCUUGGAUCUGCUGACGCAAACCAGGAAACCCACAGCAACGAGAAACUCCCAUGGGAGGGGUCCCAGAAUGGAAUCGUUCACACAGGCGAAUUUCAGCAAGGAAGACUCCAGCAGGCAGAUCCUGAAAGUGAAAAAGGGUCCAAGGAAGAAUGGGCAGAUGAGUCCACUCAAGGAGAAGGCCCCUUGAACACGACGGCCAAUUCAGAUGUCUCCAUGAACGGACCAGAGAGGAAAGAAAACCCUACGCCCUGCUCAUUGCAAGAGGCCAGCCUCCUAGGGACUGCGACAAGCAAUGCGUCUGAGACAAACUGCUCUACCGGACCCAAGUGCCUUGGGUCAGAGGAUCUGGAGAGGCUGGAUAAGGACGUGGCUGCCUCUGAGGACGAGGGUGUUCAAAGGGCAGCUAAUGAUGUAUCAGAAAAAGUAGCAGCCAGACUAGAUAUAUCAGGAAACGAGAUCAAUAGAACAAACAGCACAGAACUCCAGGUAGAUACUGUUAUGUCCUCUCUUUCCUCAUCUUACGGAACACCCCAUUUCUCUUUCUGUGCACAGGGAUACUAAGAGCAUUGUUGACUAACAGGUAACAGCCCACAUCCAAACUGAUGCCACUGAAAGGGCCAGGGUCUGCGAUUCACAGAUUCUCUUGAGAUAGUGGAGGAGGAUAAACAGCCAGUGGGUAACUGUUUACAUGUAUCAAAAAAUCCAAUCUUCAAGCAGGGGCCACAGAGCACCUAGCACUGAGAAGUAAGGUGUGUCUGUGCCCACUUACCUACCUACAGAAGCUGGUGCAGCACUGUUUUCCCGCUGCAGGGGGAGUUCUAGUUCCCCUUCCCUCCUCUAAUGACACAUGCACCCAGUGAUGGAGGAAGGGGGGUGCGUGGGGGGCGCCGGUCCGCCCCAGGUGUCCUCACUGAGAGGGGUUACAAAAUGAGUUUGUGUUUUUUUUAAAUGGAGGCCCGAAACCUUUUAGGAGUGACGUGGUGGCUUAGGCGCCUGCAGGUUCCACGCUGCCUAAAACGGCAGUGUGGGACUUGCGCCUGCCUACUGCCUCUCCCUCAGCUGCCCUACAGCUAAGGGGGAGGCGGCGGAGAGGCUCACCCUGCCCCACCCCCACGGGUGGAUUGCCCCGCCCCCGGCUGCAGGACAUGCCCCCACACCAGGCACCCGAGUGGCUAGCUACACUGCUGCAUGUGCCGGACUCUGAACUAUUGUUCUUGGGCAAAAUGAUCUGAGGGAGGCUCUGUAUCUUGCCAGAAAAGCGGGAAAUGCAUAUCCUAAGUCGUCCCACCACCCAAAAUCUAUUUGUGUCUGUACUAAGCAAGAGUUCUCCAAAGGGAAGAACUGUGAUGAAAAUAAGGGCAGCAAGGUAGCUGCAAAAGGAUUUCCCAGUGCAGGAUAGAUUUGGGAAGAACCUUAAUCUUCCAAAUGUUACAGCACUAAGAAUUUUAGUUCCAUGAACAUCAAAACAUUAAAAAAAACAUAUAAGGAUAAAACUAGGAAGGUACAGGACUGUAAUGAGUUCAGGUAAUAAUGGUGAUACAACAGCAAAGAGGAGAGGAAAUAAGUGUUUGAACUGUUGCUUACUGCCAAAAGCAAGCAAAUGCUGAUGAAAUGAAGAGUUUUUGCUUCAAACGUCAUUGUAAAUAGUGAAAUGCAGGCCAGAGAGGCAGCAGAGGCACCCUUUACAGAAUGCUUGGGUAAAAGCUAUACAAAUUCACAAGUAUUGUUUUAAUAACUUCUAGGAUGGCUGCCUUGUUGUGGUUAAAUGAUGGAAUGCAAAUAUAUUCAGGAAAACAGCAUACAAGCUGAAAUCACCUUAGAAGCAGUAACAUUUAUAUUCAGAAUAUCCAUGGAGGGUUACGAGGUCAAAAGAUAUAGAAACCAAUCUAUCUCUGAAGUAGCAGAAAUGAAAAAUUGCAUAGUAUUUGAAAUAGGACACUCAAAUAUCUGGUAUAUUAUUAUUGCUUAAACUGGGUUUCAUAUUUGUUCUUGGUGUGUAACCUCUUACUCCAUUUACACUGGCAUUAUUACAUAUCCAACCUUUUCUUCGUUUGACAGAAAGAAUUUGGUAGGUGGAGGAGAUGGAGCAUAGAGUUUUAUAUAGACAGGAUGCUACCUACUGUACCUGCUAAAACCACAAUUUUGAAUUGCAUACCACUUAGAGACAGCCCAAGUUAUUUUAGCGCCUGAAGCAGCAAAAUAUAAAUAUAACCUCCCUGGCAGUAGUAAAUAAAAUUAUUAGUAAUUUUACUAAUACGGCAGGUUGCUACCUUUUAAUAAUGCCCCAUAUCUGCUAUCUGAGAUGUGCCACCUCAGCCUACCUAAAGGUAGAACAGGCCCAUAAACUCAUAUUAUUUUAAGAUGUGCUUUCCUGGUAUACAUUAAUUUUUUUAAAAAAGAAGACAUACCUUUUAGCAAUUGCAUAUCAUGAGUCUGCAGUGCCCAUUAAAAUUGUCACAUGUAAAAUGGUCCUUAGACUGGAUUCCACCUCCUUCCCCGACAGGCCUUUUUACAGAAUCAUUGCUGAAGCUCUCUAAUCCCAUAUCUACCUCAUAAGACUUCAGUGAGUGCCAAUUAGCUCAUACCUGUAAAUCUCCUUGGGGUUUUCACAUGCUUAGGAAGAGCCAUGAUUCCUAAGCAACUCCUGGCACCAGUGCCCACCAUCAGGAGUGCCAGCUUGGCCCUGCAACUGUGGGUGCCCAGGGCCGUGGGUACCAUGCAGCGUGCAUGGCCCUGGCACCAAAAUUUGUGGGUGCCCGGCCCCUUCAUGGGGAAUUUUGUGGGUGCUCAGGCACCCAGGGGCCCCAGGGAGUUGGCACCUAUGCCCACCAUUCUGGGCACUGGCAUCUCUCUCCCACUCAUACGGCCUACCCAGUUCCCAUCCCUUGCUAUUGUUGGCACAGACCAUCUGGCCAAAUCCUAGCCAGUAUAGGGACCCCUAGGUGUUCUUCCAGGACCCCUAGAAGCCUCGUUGCCACUCUUGCCCCGCUCCUUAGGUGAUAUGUGGGGUUUCUGGGGUUUUUAGUAACGUAAACUGCUGGUGUGACCCUUUCCCUGCUUGUUUCUUGCCUCUUUUCUCCCAGGAGCAGAGGCUGGUGGUGCAGGACCCAGGAGUAUCCAUGUGACGUAAGUUCCACACUCUGCUUGUCAACAGCUGGGACUGAGGGUUUGAGUGUCGCCACAAAGCCGCUCCCAGCGUUAUGCUGGGGGGAGGCCAGACUGCCUGACAAAGUAUGUAACGUGCAGGUCGGGAGUAGCUCUGCUUUUACUGGACUGGCAAGAGGUGACGGGAUUCUUUGGCACACGGAAACCAGACGGGGACUGCUGCUCUCUGGGCUUCUCUUUGUCCUCCCCAGGCACCAGAGCAAUCUGAACCACAUUGCUCUGAGGUGGAAGCUUCACAGCCUGCCAGUCUACUGCUGCUCCCCAGGGGAAGAUAGCUAUCCCUGUACCAGGCCCAGACUCUUUCCGGGGACACGUGAAGUAUUAGGUUAGGGUUUCCACCUACGCAGAACAUAGGAGAGCUCAACUUUCACCCAUCGUUCACCUCCUCACCCUUUAAGCACCCAUCUCCUCACUCAGCGAGGAAUGGUGUUGGGGACACUGUGAUGAUAGCCAUUGACCCGUUCGGCAGGCAUCCUGCCAAAAAGCGUUCACAGUGAUUCCUCCAGCAGAUCUAGUGCCAUAGCUCAUCAGAUUGGGCCCAUAAGCACAUAUGCCUGCUGCACCCACAAGAUCCAGGGCUCUCCUUAGGUGACCCCCUGGCAGCCCCAGUGUGGACAGCAGAAGAACAGCCCUUUUACCACGUUUAUGGUCAGUUCCACACAUACCUAGAAGCAGUGACAUUUUAGUUAAAACUACCAGUCAGAUCCACAGCCCUGUAAGGUAUGGGCAGGCUGAGAGAAGUUAUAGGGCUCCUCAUUUGCCCCAAAGAAGGGUUCACAUCCCACCACAGGGAUAAGGCUUUUUGGAGGGUAACACUUCCAGGUGUGUGUGUUUGAUUGAUUGCAAUGUAAGGGGCUCACACAGAAAAAUAUGAAUUAUUCUAACAGCCAUGUCACAGUAAACAAAGACUCUGAGCUGCUUAGAAUGAGAGAAAAAGGAGAGAGGCAGUUCAGUCCUACCACAUGGAGAUGGAAAUCCAGCUGCUGGAAAGCAAGGGUGGGCGGUCUGCGUAGCAACAGAAAUUUCAAAGCAAAAGUGAGAAUCAGUUCAUACCAGGAGGCAAGAGGGUGUUAACCUUUCUUGGUGGAGGGCGAGGAUGACAGGAGGACACAGUAGGGCAAGGAAAGGGAUCACGGUCCUAACAUGCAGCCAGUUUUUUACCCUGUGUGAGAAAAGGGAGACCCAUGUCGCCCGCCCAGAGAAGGGUUCAAGUCUCCCAGUGGGAACAAUGACUGGGGGGUGGACGGACGACAGCCCUAUUAUAAUGGAGUGAGAGAGGAAACAUCUACUUGGACAAGCAGCAAUGGAAGUGACAACAAAGCAAGGUCACAGGAGCCAAGACUGAACCGGCCAGGAGGAUUGGGGAGCGGGAGGGAGCAGGAUUAGCAUUGCCACAUAAAAUAGGAGGGAAAUGGUCAGGUCCCACUCCUGAGGACUUUGCUCACCAAGCUCUCUUUUAGCAUUUGACUGGAAAGAAUAUUUCUAGACAGUGAGGGCAGGAGCAGGAAGUGAUGCCACUCCUACGCUACAGGGCAAUUCUCCACUUGCUGAGCCAGAAGAUCUUGGAUGGGAUCUCUCUAGUCUUGCCCUGUGACCUCUUCUCCCUCUACGCCCCACCCCGCUGCUGUGAGUGGGAUAACCCCAAGCCACACAAGCUACUCCUAAAUGACCCGACUGUAGCACCUGUGCAGGUACAGUCCAGACAAGGCCCAUGGUUCAGUUGCUGGCUGUGGACUCCUAGGAGAAAGGGCUGGGAAGAGACGCAGGCAAUACAGCGUCCAGCACUGCAGAAGAUGACGGGGUUGGGAGUUGACUUUUGGCAGUCCAACUGCAUGGCUGAUCUCUGCAAUAGUAACCAGGGGGUAGUGAGGUGUGAAGAGUCAGCCCCUUUCUGCUUGCCAGAGCAUAGUCAGGGGUGACAAAGAUACAGAUCAGGAGUUCUGCUGGGCAGUAUUGCUCAUGAUCCACCCCCUCCGAAGCCCUUCCCAUUGAGAAUCCCAUCCUAAAGACUAGUGAGCAGCGCUGGAAACAGGGUUGUAGCUAGCUGCUCUGGCACCCAGAGUGGCGAGGGCGGGGUGAGCUGCCCAUGGGGGCGCUGUGGCGAUCUGCGCACGGGAGUGCCGUGGCAAUCCACCCAGGGGGGCGGCAUGGCAAGCUGCCCACGCAAGCCCCACGCUGCCAUUUUGGGCAGCGCAGGGGCCCGAGCCACCACGUCACUCCCAGGAGAGGCGCGUCGCUUGGGUGCGCUGCAGGCCAGACCCCCCUCAAGGAUGACAUCCGCACCCCCCGGACUCCCCUUCCUACGCCCCUGGCUGGGAAACGGCCAAAGUGUGUGCUGAACAGCAUCAGUAAUAAAAGCAAGCAAGGGCAGCUCCAGCAUGAGCCACAGCGAGCCAAGUAGCUCAGGAGACAGGAGGAUGGAGGAGCAUGUGACCCCUCCUGCCCACCUAGGGAGGAGGGGCACCUCCAUCACUGUUGUUCUGGCCUACCACUAUGGGCUGCAUUGUGGAGUCAUCCUUUUAACCCCUUGUGAAAAGUUGCAGUGGAACUCUGGCUGCUUCCAGAUGGAGGGCAGUUACCACUAUCCUUUGCCUUUGGUAGACGUUUCUGUUCACGCUCCUUCCUUCAACAUUUUUUUUCAGAGCCUGCCUGCUCCAUGUUCAGGGUUGCAAAGCAGAGAGAUGCACACAGAGCCAACACUAGGUUCACAAGAACUAGGCGGCCAGAACGAGUCACGCCUGGGCCAGAAGAGCGACACCACGCCUGGCAAGGAUGUGCCACUUCCACUAGUAGAACUAUGACACUUGGCAAGAGCCUCAUCCCCAUUGCAACAGCUACUCACGCAGCAGCAGCGGAAGAGCGCAGGAACGGGACCGUGUUGUGGCGUUAUCCACCUUGCUGAAACCUCAUUCUGUUGAAAGCUUUGCUAAGGCACCUGUCUGCAACCAUGCGACUUGUGCGGUGGGAUGGCGGGACCCACCGGUAUGCCUGAGCUGGUAAGAAUCCCAUUCUUCUCCAUGCUGGGGCUCAACUUGCGGUGCUUUGAAGAAUCCCAGAUUUGUAUCUCAGGAUCCUUCUCACAUCCCGCUCCAGGCGCUGCCCUUUCAGCAAUAGCCCAUUUUCCUGCAUGCCAGUCAGGUCUGAGUGAACGAUUAGUGUUUAAAAAAUAAAAUACAGCUACUGCUUACAGCAGGAAGAGAACUCGGCCAAUGUGGGUGGAGUGAGUUUUGAACUAAGGGGAGAAGGCCCUUGGCAUUGCCUGCUCUGCUCGUAGCUGUGACUCAGCUUAGCCGGCUUAAAGUCUGAGUGUCCACUCCCAUCCUGACCAGGGAAUACAGUGGCCCUGGGGGCUGCAUUUAGGCAGGUAGCUGGACCCAGGGUAACCUCCCUGGUUUCCAGCAUUCACACAAGACAAUCAGAGGAGCUAGAAUUACAACUCAGGAGCAGCAGUUACACAAGAGGAAAUGUGAAUUCUGCCUCAGACCGCAAUAUUUACAAACAGGCACUCCCCUAAGUGAUAAAUCCUCGCAAAGAUCCUGCUCUAGUGUCUACUAACCACACCAUCCUCUUUGAAGCAGCCAAAUAGCACCUAAUUCUGAGCCCCUUUGCUGUGGGGCUCAAUGUGGUAUGUGUGGGGACUUGCAUGGGGUGGGGGUGGGGGCUGCUUUGCUCAGCACAGAUCCUGGAGACUCUCGUGGCUCCGGAUAGGCUUUCCUCCUCGCUAGGAGACCAGAACUUGGCUUGGGAGAUGAGCCAACUAAACACUCCCCCAGACCCUGUGAUUUCUAGUCUUCUGUGUUCUAGUUAAGCCAUGACCGAAGGCCACCUCUGCCUUCGCCCUACAUCUUUUCAUGUUUAAGUACAGUGUAAACAAAAACUAACCCUAUUAAAGAUGCUGAAGACGUG